AUGUCUGGUGAGCCAGAAGUAGCACGCACACCUGAAGAAGAGGAAACCGAAGAAGAAGAAAUCAAGUCUUCCUACAAACCACCUCCAGAGAAAACAAUUGAGGAAAUCCUAGCUGCUGACCAAGAAGAUGAAUCACUGAGAAAAUAUAAAGAGGCUCUACUCGGUCAAGCUCAAGCUGGAACUGUAAUAGUUGAUGCAAAUGAUCCACGUAAGGUGAUCGUGAAGAAGUUGGCGCUCUGCGUGACGGACCGGGACGACCUCGAGCUCGACCUCACUGGGGAUUUGACUGACUUGAAAAAACAGGUGUUUACAAUUAAGGAGGGCGUGCAAUAUCGGAUAAGAAUUGAUUUCAUCGUGCAACGUGAAAUCGUACACGGAUUGAAAUAUGUCCAGAAAACCUAUCGUUUGGGAGUGCCAGUGGACAAGAUGACUCACAUGGUGGGUUCUUAUCCCCCUAAAACCGAAAUCCAUUCUUACACCACCCCCCCAGAAGACGCGCCCUCGGGUAUGAUGGCCAGGGGGGCAUACUCAGUCAACAGUCUCUUUACGGACGACGACAAAAACGUUCACCUCCAAUGGGAAUGGAGCUUUGAAAUAAAAAAAGAUUGGAAAGAC